UUGCAUAUUGAUAGGAAUACAUAAAGAAGAAAAAGACUUUUAAAAAAAUGUAUUUGAUUACAUUUAAAACUUUUACUGUGGUAGAAAGAAUUCAGUAACCAUUACCUUUAUUCUUAAAAAAAAAAAAUGAGCUUAGUAUUUUUUUGUCCAAACCUGUUCUGCUGGUUCAGAUUUGUCAUUUUGAUUUUGUAGCAGUUAGAAGAAAAGAGUGAAGAUCAAGAAGACAAGGAAUGUUUGAAACAAGCAAUAACAGCUUUGCUUAAUGUUCAGAGUGGUAUGGAAAAAAUAUGUUCUAAAAGUCUUGCAAAACGAAGACUGAGUGAAUCUGCAUGUCGUUUUUAUAGUCAGCAAAUGAAGGGGAAACAACUAGCAAUCAAGAAAAUGAAUGAGAUUCAGAAGAAUAUUGAUGGUUGGGAGGGAAAAGACAUUGGACAGUGUUGCAAUGAGUUUAUAAUGGAAGGAACUCUUACACGUGUAGGAGCCAAACAUGAGAGACACAUAUUUCUCUUUGAUGGCUUAAUGAUUUGCUGUAAAUCAAAUCAUGGGCAGCCAAGACUUCCUGGUGCUAGCAAUGCAGAAUAUCGUCUUAAAGAAAAGUUUUUUAUGAGAAAGGUACAAAUUAAUGACAAAGAUGACACCAGUGAGUACAAGCAUGCUUUUGAAAUAAUUUUAAAAGAUGAAAAUAGUGUUAUAUUUUCUGCCAAGUCAGCUGAAGAGAAGAACAACUGGAUGGCAGCAUUGAUAUCUUUACAGUACCGGAGUACACUAGAAAGGAUGCUUGAUGUGACAAUGCUCCAGGAAGAGAAGGAGGAGCAGAUGAGGCUCCCUAGUGCUGAUGUUUAUAGAUUUGCAGAGCCUGACUCUGAAGAGAAUAUAAUAUUUGAAGAAAACACGCAGCCCAAGGCUGGAAUUCCAAUUAUCAAAGCAGGAACUGUUAUUAAACUUAUAGAAAGGCUUACAUACCAUAUGUAUGCAGGUAAGAAUAUGAAGUUGCCUGUCCCUUUUAUUUUCCUGCUUCAAGCUGAUUUUCUUUACUGCACAGUCAUUGUGCCUAAAAUAGAAACAAACUAACAACAAAAGUCCUCCCCAUUAUCAGAGUUGUUUUCCUUUCACUAAAAAUACCACUUCAAUAUUUUGAAAUUUUACACUUCCCACCAAAUUUACAUAUAUUAUCCUUAACUUUAAAAAUCAAAGUUAGAAAUGAGAAAAGAAAGUCACUUAGCUAAAUUUACCCAGUUAGAAAGUGACAGAAACAAGAUUAAAGGAAGACAUAAAUGAUCAUCAUUAUAGUCUAAAAACCUUUUUACACCUUUAUCUCUUUUUUUCCUUUCUUUCCAUUAUUCAGAUUCUAAAAUCAGUAAAAAUUUCCAUAUACAUUCAUCACCCUAAUAUACACAGCAUUGCUUUUUCCUAAUUUCCACUCCUAAAGCUUACUAAAUUUAACAGUCCUGGAAGUCAUUUAAGUUUUCAGUAUUUUUUGCUUUUUACAACUGAUGUUAUUUAAGAAAACAAUUUCACCUUAGCAGAGCAAUUUUUAAGAACAAAUAGGUACACACCACUUAGGAAGAUUGCUAUGGGCUGUAUAAAAUAUGAUUGAGAGGUAAGAAACAAAUAUAAUGAUUCAUUUUUUUGUGUGUAAUUUUAUUUCUUGUAAUAAAGUAACAAAUGAUUAUCUGAUGUUCUUCAACCUUCAACUUCCCUACGUAGUAGAAAGUUUGGUAACUAUGAAAUACUA